AUGGCGGCGCGGCUGGUGGUCGUGCGGCUGCUUCGCGGGCCGGGCGCCUGGGGCGGCUCGCGGAUUAGGUUCGGACCCGCAGCGUCCAGGCCGUUCAGCAGCGGAGCCACUGUCCCCAGCAUCCCUCUCUCGGCGCCCUUGCCCGGCGUGCCCAAGCCGGUGUUUGCUACAGUUGAUGGACAGGAGAAGUUUGAAACCAAAAUCACCACCCUGGAAAAUGGACUUCGAGUGGCCUCCCAGAAUAAGUUUGGGCAGUUCUGCACCGUGGGAAUCCUAAUUAACUCAGGAUCGAGAUACGAAGCGAAACAUCUCAGUGGAAUUGCUCACUUCCUGGAGAAAUUGGCAUUUUCGUCAACUGCGCGAUUUAGCAGCAAAGAUGAAAUUCUGCUCACGCUGGAAAAGCAUGGGGGCAUCUGUGACUGCCAGAUAUCGAGGGACACCACCAUGUAUGCUGUGUCUGCCGACGCCAAGGGCUUGGACACAGUGGUGGGCUUGCUGGCAGAUGUGGUCCUGCAUCCUAGACUGACAGACGAAGAGCUGGAGAUGACGCGGAUGACGGUGCAGUUCGAACUGGAGGAUCUCAACAUGAGGCCGGACCCCGAGCCACUGCUCACAGAGAUGAUUCAUGAGGCCGCUUUCCGGGAGAACACAGUGGGUCUCCACCGCUUCUGCCCCCCUGAGAACAUCGCCAAGAUGGACCGCAAGGCCCUGCACUCCUACCUGCGCGACUACUACACCCCUGACCGCAUGGUGCUGGCCGGUGUGGGCGUGGAGCACGAGCGCCUUCUGCAGUGUGCCCGCAAGUACCUGCUGGGCGUCCAGCCGGCCUGGGGGGAGCAGACGGCGUCCGAGGUGGACAGAUCGGUGGCUCAGUACACUGGUGGCAUCGCCAAGUUGGAACGAGACAUGUCGGCUGCCAGCCUGGGCCCCACACCGAUCCCUGAGCUCACCCACGUCAUGGUGGGCCUGGAGAGCUGCUCCUUUCUGGAGGACGACUUCAUCCCCUUCGCCGUGCUCAACAUGAUGAUGGGCGGGGGCGGCUCGUUCUCGGCCGGCGGGCCUGGGAAGGGCAUGUUCACCAGGCUCUAUCUCAACGUGCUCAACAGGCACCACUGGAUGUACAACGCCACGUCCUACCACCACAGCUACGAGGACACCGGUCUCCUGUGCAUCCACGCCAGCGCAGCCCCUCGGCAGGUCCGUGAGAUGGUGGAGAUCAUCACAAGGGAGUUUAUCUUGAUGGGCGGAGCUGUGGACGCGGUGGAGCUGGCCCGAGCCAAGACCCAGCUGACGUCCAUGCUCAUGAUGAACCUGGAGUCCCGGCCGGUCAUCUUCGAGGACGUUGGGCGGCAGGUGCUGGCCACCCAGUGCCGGAAGCUGCCUCCUGAGCUGUGCUCCCUCAUCGAUCGUGUGACAGCCGACGACAUCCAGAGAGUGGCGUCCAGGAUGUUGCGUGGGAAGCCCGCCGUGGCUGCGCUUGGUGACCUGAGCGACCUCCCCACCUACGAGCACAUCCAGGCGGCCCUGUCAAGCCGAGAUGGACGCCUGCCGCGGGUAUACCGGCUCUUCCGGUAG